AUGGCCGUUAACUUUGUUGAUAUCAUGACGGUACCAUACUUUCUAUCUUUGGACAACCUCAAAGUCCCUGCAAUAUUAGCCGCCUUUGUUUGCUUGUUGGCAUGGAUACUAUGGCCCAGUGGCCGUUUACCACCAGGACCCAAGCCGUUGCCUAUCAUUGGCAACAUUCAUCAGUUGAAAGGCCAGAAUGCAGUCCACCAGUUCCAAGCCUGGCACAAGUUGUAUGGACCGAUCAUCUCCGUUCAGCUGGGUCCAAAGACGGUGAUCAGUAUCGGCUCCCACCGCGUGGCUCGCGAUCUUCUCACGCAACGAAGCCAAAUUUACAGCUCUCGUCCGCGGUUCCCCAUAUUGGAUGAGUGUAUGUUCCGUGGGUUGAGCACGGUUCUUCUUCCUUAUGGGCGACGUUGGCGCUUGCAUCAGCGCCUACAAUGGCACUUUCUCAAGGCGGCUGUGGCACCGACCUACCGACCCGCCCAAGACGUGGAAAGCAAGCAGCUUCUGCAUGACUUAUUAUCGACAAACGAGUUCAAGCCUUUAUUUCUCCGGCUUCCAUACAGUCUCAAUUCAACCCUGGCAUACAGCACACGAAUUGAAGCCAACAACGGCAAUACCAUCAAGGUCAUGGCGAGCGCUUCAAAGGAAGUUGAAGCAAUCGCCAACAGUCCGGGAGGGUCACUAGUCGAGAUGAUUCCUGCACUGAACAGCCUGCCAUCAUGGCUCACUCCGUGGAAGAAACAGGGUGCCCGGGCGUUUCACCGUAUCAACGCGCUCUAUGAAAGAAAUCGAGCAGCAGGAGAAGCCAGCCCCUCAUGGAAUUGGAUUAAGGGAGCCAUAGGUGCUAAAGAGGCACAAGGAAUCCCCCAUGAGGAAUUAACCCAUAUCAUCGGAUUCAUAUUUGAAGUGGGCGGCGAGGUGGUCUCUGGAGUUCUCCAGGUAUUUGUUCUCGCAGCGGUGACUUUUCCAAAGGCGAUGGAGAAAGCAAAGCAAGAGCUUGAGAGGGUUGUUGGGCUUGGAAGAUUACCUGACUUCGACGAUCUCCCUCACUUGCCGUAUACAUGCGCAGUAGUCACCGAGACCCUUCGGUGGAGGACAAUUGCACCGCUCGGGUUUCCUCACAUGAACUGUGAGGAGGAUGAAUAUGAGGGCUACCGAAUUCCAAAGGGCACAACCAUCCUACCCAACCACUGGGCGAUGGACAUGGAUGAAGAAGUUUUUGACUGCCCUGGCGAAUUUCGCCCUGAGCGCUGGCUGGAGAACCCUGACCUUCCUCUCGCUGCCUACGGAUUUGGCCGUCGCUCAUGCGCGGGGCGACACAUUGGCCAGGAUACCGUGCGCAUUGUGGUCGCUCGUCUCCUGUGGGCGUUUGAUAUUACCCCACUAGAGGAGGUUGAUCCCUUCAAUAUGGUUCCAGGACUAUUGUCGCCUCCAAAGCAUUUUUCAGUGCAAUUCAAAAUACACACCCGGGAACAGCAGGAGAUUAUUGAGCGUGAAUGGGCAGGUGUGGAAAAGAAUCCUCAUGUAUUCAUGAGGACUUUUGGUCCUAAUUCAAUUUAA